AUUCUUCCUUCCCCAUCAGCCUUGCUGAGAACGUCCUUGAAAACAUUUUUCUGUGUCCCUCCAGGUAUCAUGGUACAGCUAGAAACCCCUACAACCCCCAGCAUUUCCCAGGCGGCAGUUCUAGUGGGUCGGCUGCAGCGGUAGCUUCAGGCCUUUGCCCACUGGCUGUUGGCACAGAUGGGGGUGGUUCUGUAAGGAUCCCUGCUUCUUUCUGUGGUGUUGUUGGACUGAAAGGUACCUUUGGACGUAUCAGUGCAUCUGGCUGUCUUCCUCUUUCAUAUUCUACUGUAAGCCUCGGCCCGCUCUGUGCUUCAGUGGCAGACGCAGCUGUUGCAUAUAUUGUUCUGGCUGGACCAGAUCCCUUGUAUCCCUACGGAUUAUGCCAGCCUAAGCCAUCCCUCUCUGAAGUCCUCAGCCCUGAUCUGAAGGGCUUGAAGUUGGGAAUUGACUGGACUUUCUUUAAGGCUUGUGAUGAUGAAAUUCUAGCUGUCUGCCAAAAAGCGGUGGAAUUCCUAGAGCGCCUUGGUGCCUCUGUGGUUGAUGUGUCCCUGCCAGAGAUUGAGGAGAUACGGGUGGCUCACGUCAUCUGCAUCCUUAGUGAGAUGAGAGAUUUCCUACAGCCAGACUUCAACAAUCACUUUGGACAAAUGAAUUUGGAGACUCGUUUGAAUCUUGCAAUUGCUACUCAGUUCACAUCCCUGGAUUAUAUUAAGGCCAAUCGGCAACGGAGCCGCACCAUGGCCUUUCUGCGGGAGGCUUUUGCGAAGGUGAAUUGUCUCAUUACUCCAGGUACUGCAUGUUGUGCCCCAAGAAUCCAGAGCUCUGAUCUCCGGACUGGUUGUAGUGAUGUUCCUACAACUCUCAGGACUAUGAGAUAUAUGCAGCUGGCCAACUUGACAGGUAUUCCAUCACUGGUCGUACCAGUUGGAUACACUGCCUCAAGGCUCCCCAUCAGCCUUCAGAUUAUGGCAAAAUGGUGGGAUGAAGCUUUGUUGUUCCGUAUUGGACUUCACUUGGAGAAAUUUCGUGACACAACAGUAAAGCCUGUCAUUUAUUAUGACAUCAUUGGAUAAUAGGGCCAGCUCCAAAAUUCUAGCUUCAGUCAAACCUGAAAACAAAUAGUUCUUACAGUUUGAAUUAACACAUCUUCCCCUAUUUACAUAUUAAUCUAAAUUGCUUGGUUCAGCAUAAAUCAAAAGAAUAAUGCACAAAGUGUUGUGGGUAUUGUAGCAGCAUUCAAUCAGCUCCUGUUUUCCCCACAGAAAUUUGAGUUCCCUUCUGUUUGCUGUCAGAAGUGUAUUACUCAGAAGGGAGAUAUACUAUAGGGGGGCUGAGGCCAGUUGAAGAUGCAGCCUUCCAAGCCUAAUGGAUGUAGCCAGGAGCUCAAUAAACACAUCUACAUAUGGCUACAGAAAUGUCUGUUUUCAGGCCCUUGGAACUCAACACAGUUUAUUUUUGGGUUAAGUUCUCACUUAGGUUACAGAAUGGAGUGUCACGGGUUUGUAUCCUAAGAUGUAUUGAAAAGGCAAUUUAGGUACACUUAACAGAAACCACUGGAGAGAUGAAAUGGGGAAAACAGCCUGCCUUAAGGCUGAAACAGGAAGAUACUCAGCUCUAAUAUGUUUUUCAAGACAGAAUCUCUUUGCAGAAUCAGUUCUUUGUUAGGUUGCUAUCUUAAGCAUUUUAUUUGAUUACAGUAUAUUUUGUAUUUUUACUUUGGCAUGUUUGGGAAGUGAACUACAUUUUAGUUAUUUACCAUUCUGCUGCACUCAAGCACAUAUAACAAAUAUAAUCCAGCAUUUUGUGAUUUAUAGGCUAUCCCUAAAACAGUCAUUCUCAAUGGGAGGGGGUCAUAUGCCCCCAUACACAUUUGAAGGGGGCUACAGAGUGGAAGCAGUUCUUCACACACCAUUAUAUGCAAUUUAUACAAUCUUAAUUCAGAAACCUGUAUUUCAGAUUUGUGUUUAUGGUCGUGGCCAAGUAAAGAUUGAGAAUAGCUGCUCUAAAGAACGAGACCACUGCCAAUAAUGUUCUUUUCCCCUGCCUAUCUUGCUCUGUGGGACAAUAUAAAAAGAAUACAGCCUGGCCCUGGGAGAAUUGGGUAGAACUAAGCUUAAUCCCCAUCCUCUUCUUGAGUGUCACUGUACUCUUGUUUUUCAUGUACGGCUGCCAUUCAUUCACAUGUGGAGAGGGAGGUGAUUAUCUGUUAAGUCCUUUCAGUUGAGAGCCGAAGCUGUUGCCUUGCCAUUGGGGCCCUUUAAAAAUCCCCUGCAUCUUACAGGGAAUUGCAUUUGUACACUGCAGUUCACAGCACACUAUCAUUAGAGAUGGGAGUAUUUGUAUACGACUAUCCCCCCACAGGUGCAGAUAAUGAGGGUCCGGCCCCCCUGCGGUCAGACCAUCCACUCAUAAUUCUGUUGCUGCCGCAUGCUCUGUGCGCUGUUCCUAUCACUCCAGAGCUCGUGAUGGAUUAGCCACUCCUGGCAAAAGGCGGGAUGACGAGCCUCUCUGCAAGGUUGCAGAGUGGCUCACCGAUCGUGAACUCUGGAGUGAUAGGAAUGGCGUGUGGAGUUUGCCACAGCGGCUGAAUUGUGAGUGAAUGGUCUGGUCCCAGGGAAUCGGACCCUCAUUAUCUGCACCUGGGGGGGGGCAUAUUUGUAUACGAAUACCCCCAUCUCUUAACUAUCACCAAUCCCUGAAAUAACUACACACUGUCAUGUUUCCAAAACAGUUCACAUAACAUUUAAGGAAAAUUGCUAUUUUAAGAGUUAUAACUGGAAGCUUGUGCACACCAUCUGUGCUACCAUAAUGGAAUAUCAGUGACUAACAUUCUAAUGUAUCCAAUGUUUUACUGCCAUGUUCUUUUAGAAACCACUCAUUCCCUUUUUCCCCUACUAAAAUACAGAGCAGUCUUUUGGGCUGCAAUGGCUAGUGGAAAGAACAAGGGCAUGGUGGAGCUUGAAACAGUAGGUUUAAAAAUUAAUUUUUAGUGUAAAAUUUUAGGAAGUUCAGAAAAUUAAUCCAGUGUUAUCACUGUCUAAAACUGAAAAUGGAAAACAUUUGCAAAAUGAGUAUUAUCAGUGUGCUAAUUAAAUAAUUCAUUCUGAGAACCCCACCAUGGGAUUUAUAAGGUUGACUUUUAGCACAUUUGUUACUGGAUCCUUCUAAGACGUUAAGCUUGUUGCUAUAAAAUAUCGCUUACCUUGAA